AUGGCUCUCUUCAAGUUCAUUGAUAUCGGGAUAAAUCUGACAGAUCCAAUGUUUAGAGGCAUUUAUAGAGGAACAAAAAAGCAUCAAGAUGACUUUGCUGACAUUAUUGAACGAGCUGUGAAGAUUGGCGUGCAGAAGUUUAUGAUUACUGGAGGAAACCUGCAGGAGAGCAAAGAAGCGAUCGAACUUGCCCGGACCAAUGAUCGAUUUUACAGUACGGUCGGCUGCCACCCCACCCGGUGCGGGGAGUUCGAGGGUGGAGAUCCGGACGGGUAUUUAUCCAACCUGCAGAAACUGAUAGAAGACAACAGAGAAAAAGUUGUAGCCGUCGGAGAGUGCGGUCUGGACUUUGACAGGCUGCAAUUUUGUCCAAAGGAGACACAACUUAAAGUAUUUUGAGAAGCAGUUUCAUCUGGCUGAGCAUUCCAAACUGCCCAUGUUCCUGCACUGUCGGAACUCGCAUAAAGAAUUUUUAGAUAUUAUGGGGAGGAAUCGGGAUCGAUGUGUUGGAGGAGUGGUUCAUUCAUUUGAUGGAACCAAAGAAGAUGCAGAAGCUAUAAUGGAUCUGAAUCUCUACAUUGGCAUUAAUGGCUGUUCAUUGAAAACAGCAUCAAACCUGGAGGUCUUGAAGACCAUCCCCAGCGAGAGACUGAUGAUUGAGACAGAUGCCCCCUGGUGUGGAGUAAAGAAUACACAUGCUGGGUCGAAAUAUGUCAAAUCCACUUUCCCAACUAAGAAGAAAUGGGAGGCCGGUCACUGCUUGAAGGACAGGAAUGAGCCUUGCCACAUUGUACAAGUCCUGGAGAUUAUGGCAGCUGUCAGAGAAGAAGAUCCAGAGGAGCUAGCCAAAACCCUCUACAACAACACAAGCAAAGUCUUCUUCCCAGAUAAAUAG